AUUCUGGCAAUUUCCUUUGAUCAAUAAAUAGUGUAACCUAUGAACAUUGUUAAAUGCUGAAUUGGCGGGAAUAUUGCAGAAAAUGUGCAUCAGUAUUAGGAAGUGAAUUUUUAGCGGGAGAAACUUUAGUUUAGUUGUGAAUGAAGUUAAUGGUUAUUGUGUAUACCGAGGACGGUUAGAUCUGUUAUUGUUUAAGGAUUUGAAACAAUAAUGGAGUGCAUAGUGGCGAACGUAGAUAAUAUGCGUUUUGAUAUUGAAGUUGCUCUUGAUGAGCAAUAUGGGGCUCUUCCUUUACCUUUUACUGGAAUGGACAAAUCUACUGCUGCGGUAUGUCAAUUUUAUCCAAGAGGCACAUGUGUUAAAGGAGCCUCUUGUCCAUUUAGGCAUGUAAGAGGAGACCGUACAAUAGUAUGUAAACACUGGUUAAGAGGUCUUUGUAAAAAGGGCGAUCAGUGUGAAUUUUUACAUGAAUAUGAUAUGACAAAAAUGCCAGAAUGUUAUUUUUAUUCUAGAUUUAAUGCCUGCCACAAUAAAGAAUGUCCAUUCCUACACAUUGAUCCAGAAACUAAAGUGAGGGAUUGUCCUUGGUAUGAUCGUGGAUUUUGCAGGCAUGGACCAUUAUGCAGACACCGGCAUGUACGCCGUGUUUUAUGUAUGGCAUAUUUAGCUGGAUUUUGUCCUGAAGGGCUAAAUUGUAAAUUUAUGCAUCCAAGAUUUGAAUUACCAGCAGUACAAGAUAUGCAACCUAAAGAAGGAAAGAAAGUGAUGAUCACCUGUCACUUUUGUGGAGAAGGUGGUCAUAAAGCUAUUUAUUGUAACAAAAUGCCACCUGAUGUACGUGAAGCUCAAGUUAGACAAGAAAUAGAAGGUAAUUCUCAUGCUACACAUCAUAUGAAUAUGCACAAUGGGCCACCCCCAAGAGGGCCACAGAAACCACUUGAAGAAGUCACUUGUUACAAGUGUGGAACUAAAGGUCAUUAUGCCAAUAAGUGUCCAAAGGGUCAUUUAGCAUUUUUAAGUCAUGCUGGGGGCAGUGGGAGUGGUACUCAAAAUCAAAAUUAUCGCAGAUGA